GGGGCGAAGGGCGGGGGUGUCCGCGCAGCGGGGUUGAUGUUUAACCCGGAGCGCCCGUUCACGGAGAGGGGCCACUUCUUCUCCUCCAUGGAGUACCAGCGGCAGCUGGAGGAGGAGGAGGGCUACCCGCCUCCCGGAGCCAACGGGACCUUCAACGACAGCGGGGCCGGGCAGGGAUGGGGCAUGCCGUACCCCCUGCACACCACCGUCACCCUCAUCAGCCUGGCGGGCUUGCUCAUGCUCUUCACCGUCUUCGGCAACGUCCUGGUCAUCAUCGCCGUCUUCACUAGCCGGGCGCUCAAGGCCCCCCAGAACCUCUUCCUGGUGUCCUUAGCCUCGGCCGACAUCCUGGUGGCCACGCUGGUCAUCCCCUUCUCGCUGGCGAACGAGGUGAUGGGCUACUGGUACUUCGGCAAGGUCUGGUGCGAGAUCUACCUGGCCUUGGACGUGCUGUUCUGCACCUCCUCCAUCGCGCAUUUGUGCGCCAUCAGCCUGGACCGCUACUGGUCCAUCACGCAAGCCAUCGAGUACAACCUCAAGCGCACCCCGCGCCGCAUCAAGUGCAUCAUCUUCAUCGUCUGGGUCAUCUCGGCCGUCAUCUCCUUCCCGCCGCUCAUCUCCAUCGAGAAGAAGAGCGGGCAGCAGGUGGACCAGUGGGCGGCGGGGUGCAAGAUCAAUGACGAGAAGUGGUACAUCAUCUCGUCGAGCAUCGGCUCCUUCUUCACCCCGUGCCUCAUCAUGAUCCUGGUCUACGUGCGCAUCUAUCAGAUAGCCAAGAGGCGAACCAGGGUCCCGCUGAACAAGAGGGCGGAGCGCCCGGAGAAAAAGCAGAACGGCUUGGCCGACAAGGAGGACCUGCCGGCCUCAGCCCAGCUCAACGGAGAGAAAGCGGCCGGAGCUGGCGAUGGGCAGGAGGGAGAGGUCAACGGCAUAGACAUGGAGGAGACCUCCUCCUCCGAGCACCAGGAGAACAACCAGCCCAAGAAGCCAGAGAGACCCCCGCGGGGAAAGACCAAGACUAAGCUGAGCCAGAUUAAGCCUGGGGACACUUUGCCCAGGAAGACGGAGGAGGAGAGGAACACCAAAGGGUCACGGUGGAGGGGCAGGCAGAACCGGGAGAAGCGCUUCACCUUCGUACUGGCGGUGGUGAUUGGGGUCUUUGUCAUCUGCUGGUUCCCCUUCUUCUUCACCUACACGCUGACCGCAGUCUGCAAGAGCUGCUCUGUGCCCGCCACCCUCUUCAAGUUCUUCUUCUGGUUCGGUUACUGCAAUAGCUCCUUGAACCCCGUCAUCUACACCAUUUUCAACCAUGACUUCAGACGGGCCUUCAAAAGGAUCCUCUGCAGGAUAGAGAGGAAAAGGAUCGUUUGAAGGACCCACUGGAAAGGGCAGGACUGAUAAUUCAAGACUUUGUAGGAGAGUAAGGCAUGGCUCUCUUGGGCUGUGCUUGCAUGGGAUGGCUUCCUUCAGCUUGUGAGCAGGAAGCCUUCCAAACCCGAGAUGAGCCCACUGAAAUGCCCAGCAGCAGCAGCGAGGAGCGGCAGGCAAGUGGAGGUCCGAGCCUGGCACUCAGCUCCCCAGGGGAGCGUGGCUUUCGACUUGCUCCGUUUACUUUGUGAGGUUUUUUUCUUUUGCCACAGAGGCUCUCGGUGGAUAUUUCCAUGACUGCUCAGUUGGACUCUUUAAAGACAAACGACACGCAGCUCCGUGAGAUGAACAGCAAAGAGGGAGUAUGCCCCUUCAGAGGUGUUGGCUUUUUAUUUUGCUGUACCUUUUUUUCCUUUCCCCUAUUGUAUAUGUAAUUAAUUUUAACCCCCUUGUAAAAUACAGUAUUGUAUCUCUGAAUCUGAAUGUCUUAGCUUUUGUAAGGCAAGCAGCUUUGAAACUGUGAGAGCUUUAAUUAUGUUUGACACCUGAAAACUCCCUCUCUUCCCACUCCCUGAAAACCCCCUUACUCCAAACCGAGGAAGAGUCAGAGCAGUUUCCCCUACCUGGCAAGUUGAUAAUAUUACCAACAUUUCCAAUCUCCUGUUAUUGUUUUUUUUUUUUUUUUUUUGGCUAUAAGGCUGAGGAUCACACUCCCCGCCAGACUAGCUUUUCUUGUUCAUUUUUCUUUUUUGUUUCUUUUUUUUUUCCCUCUGUGUCCUACCUGAUCCUGUUUUAAUUCGGUGCUGCCCGUGGGCUGUGAUACGGCUGAGCUGUAACUUCCGUGUCCCCACCAGCUGGAGCAGAGCAGCACACGGUGCCAUUGCCGUGCAGGUGGGCACCCAGAGGCUGCUGAGGGCUCUUUCUCACGCCGUGCAGAGCGUGGGACCCGGCCAAGCUCCCAGCGAUUUCCCCUCGGCCGAUAUUAUACCGUAUCAAAGCGCCAAAGCGUGUUCAAUGCUAACUCGAUUCCCCCACCCCCGACUGUAAAUAGAUAACAUUUCAAAGCAAGCGUCAGCGCUCCGUAUAUCACGCUGUCUCGUUUCUAUUGAUUUUCUGAUAUUUUCCCUCCUGCUGCGUUUCCUGCAGGCACUGAGGGGGGGGGGGUCUGUGCACAGAGGCGGUUCCAGCGUUUGGAGGGAGAGUUAAGUUUGCGAUCUGCUGCUCACGUCUGUCCUAGGAAGUGCUGCAGCAGCCCUCCUUAGACAGGGCAAAACUCGGAAAUGGGGAACGUCCCGGCACUUUCCCCGCUCCUUUAUAGCGUAGGCAAGCUUUUUUUUAAUUAAGUAAAAAAAAAAAAAAAAA